CUUGUAGAUACAUAAAAGCAUCUUUCAGAACCUCUUCUAACAGCGGUUUAGUGUCGUUCAUAUUUUAUUAAUAAUGAUAAACAUAAUCUAUUUUAUCAUUCGUUUUGUUUUCUCGAAUUUCUAAUUUACUUGAUGCCUACAUAACGUUAAUAAAUUAACCUCUUUCGAGUCACUUCGAUUGUUACGUCUCAUUUGACAAAUUCUACUAUUGUCUGGAAUAUUUUGAGGAGACAAGGAAGAAAAAAACAAAUAUGCUAAAAUAUCCGAGAUUAUCAAUAAAUCAUGUAAAGACGUUGGCAACGCCUUCUCUGCUGAACAAUGUGGAUUCCUUGUCACAACAAACUCGAAAUACUUUCAUCCUCAAAAGAAGAUACCCUGCGAAUCUCAACAGAAAAAAUUGCAAGCCUCAUAUAUUAAAGACAAGGCACUAUAUUUAUGAUCUUGUUGAGGAUACAAAUAUAAAAAAGAAAGAGCCAAUUAAGAUGAUUUUAACACAGUAUGUAAAAGGACUUGGCAAUGCAGGGACUCUGGUAUCAAUGCGUCCAUGCAAGGCAUAUUAUGAACUUUUACUACCACGAUUAGCAGACUAUGCUACUCCUGAGAACAUUAAAAAAUACACAAAAUUGGCAGAGGAUAUGGGAGACCAGACGCCAUUUAGCUCUGCCACUGUCGAGAACACGAUCAAGUACUUAUCAGAGAUGCGAUUAAUAGUGGAGAUGUCGAAGGAGAAACCAUGGACAUUAGAAAAAUGGCAUAUAAAGACGAAUUUUUGUAAAGCCGGUAUCUACGCGCCCGAGGAUACCAUAACAAUACCUGAGAGAACAAUAUCUGGGCCGAAUCCGGACAUAGAGGGAAAGGAGUUUUACGUGACCCUUACGAUUAAUAAUCGCGAGCAAGUGAAGGUGAGGUGUUGCCUGCAUCAUUGGUCACUGUUGGCGCAGUUAGAAGACAUGGAAGUUUUGAGCACACCGGGCGAACCGAUAUUCCCCGAGGAUAAAGCAGUCUUAGACUCCUUACCACCCUUUCGAAUAGAAAAGAAGAAGUGAACAUAGACAUAAUUGUAUAUUAUAACGAAAAUAAAUGCUUAAAAAAGGACA